AUUUUGAGGAAUACGAUGCAAAGAAACGUGAAAACGCUCAAAAAAUUUCUGAUCUCAAGAAGAAAGUUAAAGAACUUUACGUCAAAUAUGCGAGAGCAAAAAAUAAUAAAGAAGCGAUGGACCGCGCGGCUCUGCUCAGCCGCGAUUCUAUAGCUUGCGUAAACAAAUGCAAUUUGGAAGAAAUUAUAAACACGGCAAGUGAGAACAACGUGCGUCUAAGAAAGAAGCUGGAUUUAAUUAAAUAUGAAAAAGAGAAGCAUGAACGUACCUUGAACAUUUUGCAAACAGAAAGUAAAGAACUGGCGCAUAGGCGCGGUCAUUGCGUGUUCAAAAAGAAGACGGAAAAUCCUAUGAAGAAGAAGAUCGAGACUUUGGAAGUACAGCUGGAGCAUAUCCGAAUGAUGCAAAUUAAGGCAAAUAUCGCGCGCAUGAAAUACCGUUCCGUUUGCUCCGAGUUAAAAGAGAAAUCAGUCUUUUACGCUUCUUCCUUGAAAGAUUUGGAAGACGGCAUAAAGCAACAGGAAAACGAGAUCAAGCGCUUACAGGGAGUGAAGGAAGAAGCUAUAGAACUGAAAGACAGCACUCAAGAGACACUGGUGAAAGAGGAAAUCGAGGAAACAAAUUCCAGCAAAAAACGCGACUCUGUCAUCAAGGAGUAUAGGCAGCGCGUGUCGGACCGAAAGAUGGAAUUGGAGCGGUUGGAGCGCAUGAUAUUCCAAACCCGUCCGCGUGAUGAUUUCGAAACACGUGGGAAAAGUCGUGUACAGAUACAAGAGGACAUGAUCAAGGACGAGCUGGCGCGUCUGGAGGAGGCGUUCGCCAAGUUGCGGAGCGCCACCGGAGUGUCCAGGUCCGAGGAAGUUUUGAACCGGUUUCUGGGUCAACAGGCGACCAAAGAGAGUCUGCAGAAAAUGCGAACGGCCACGGAACAGGAGAAGAUGGAGUUGGAAAAGAAGAGACAGGAGCUCAACGUCGAGAUAGAGACAAGAAAAUUUUCAGAAACGAAGAGUGCCGAACAAAACGCAGAAGUAACGGCAAAACUCAACUCGCAAAUCGAUGAACAGCGAUCUCGCAAGGAGAGAGCUGAGAGUGCAAGUCGACGAAUCCGCGAGCUCUUAAAUGAAGUAACUGGUAUACUGUACAAACUAUGUGAGAAGUUCCAGGUGAGAGUUAUUAAUUAUAAGUUCGUGGACGACACAGUCCAGAAGGAUUGACAGCCCAAGACAGAUCCCGUGUUUAGAAAGGCCCCACGCUCACCGAUUUACAUAUCAGAAAAAAACUGGACAAUUUCUUCAAAUAAGUCACUCCAAAGUAUUUAAGAUAGCAUUUCUGGUAAUAUCUUAUUUUUUAUAAUAUGCGUGAUUCGAAAAGUGUUUAAUUAGGAUAAGAAAUAAUACCGUUUCCUAACGAUGCGAUUACAUAAGAUCUCACAAUUCUUUAGGCGAUUCUGAUAUAAUUUUGUAAGUUCGAAAACUAUUGGUGCUAGGAGAAUGAAGAUAAACAAAAAUGAGUUCAGAUUUGAAAAUCGAUUGAAAUCGCGCGAUAAUUAGCAAGAUAAAAGUAAUGACAAAGGAGUAUUGACCGAAUGGUCAAUUCUCAAAGUAGAGAAGGAUCUUAAUUAACGCUUUUCCUUGCGCGUUAAGCACGCAACGUGUCCCUACGAAUUAUCACGUACGAACGAACAUAUUCGGUGGAUAAAGCUUCGUAAUGUCGAAAUGGAAGUGCCGUGUAUGCGCCUAAUUAAAUUAGUAAAACCGUCUUUAGUGGUGUCUGACUGGUGUACCUUUAGUGGUGAACAUCUUCGACUAUUUAUUGUUCCUGGAAGC